CGGCAGGGCGCGGCCGUGGGUUAUAGGACACGCAGGGCGCUCGCGGGGCAGUAGUCCGCUCGUCACUGGACUCGAGGGACCCGCGGGACCCUCAGGACUGCGCAGGACAUCACAGGACCCGGAACCUUCGACCGGGGAAUGGCGGCCGCUUCGGGCGCCCGAUUCCUGCGCGCCGCCUGCGCCUCCGUCGCUUUUCUGGACCGCGGCUGGCUGCUGGCCUGUGGGGUCCGCGCGGGAACUGCCGUCCCUCGGUGGACCCCGAGCCCCGGCGUGCACGCAGAGACCGGGCGGGGACGGCCGCUGAGCUUGUCUGCGCGCGCGUGGAGCAGCUCAGAAGAUAAGAUAACAGUCCACUUCAAGAACCGUGAUGGUGAAACAUUAACAGCCACGGGGAAAGUCGGUGACUCUCUGCUAGAUGUUGUGGUUGAAAAUAAUCUAGACAUUGAUGGUUUUGGUGCUUGCGAGGGGACUUUGGCUUGCUCCACCUGCCACCUUAUCUUCGAGGAUCAUAUAUAUGAGAAGUUAGAUGCUAUCACCGAUGAGGAGAACGACAUGCUUGACCUGGCUUACGGACUCACAGACAGGUCACGGUUGGGCUGCCAAGUCUGUCUGACCAAGGCUAUGGACAAUAUGACUGUUCGCGUGCCUGAGGCGGUGGCGGAUGUCAGACAGUCUAUUGACAUGAGCAAGAAUUCCUAAGAUACAUUAAAAAGAAAUAUUUUCAUGAAAUUUUUACCUAUUUUUAUAAUUAUUUCCCAGUCUAAUUAAAUGAUUACACAACAGAAUAUA